AUGACAACAAGCGAAACGAAUAAAGAAAGUUCAAGAAAAAGACAUAGGUUCUUUUUAAAAAAUGAAGAAGAAUUUAGUUCAGAAGUUGAAGACACUCAAACAACAGCAACAGCUAUUAGUGAGAUAUGGGAUUACUUUAUCAAAAAAACUGAAAAAAAUAAUGGCCACUAUGAGGCUACUUGUAAUGAUAUAUCCCGUUAUUGGAAAGAAAAGAUUGCCAAAAAAGAUCCAAAUUAUACUCAAAGGCUAAAAAAAAACUGUACACUACCAAACUCUAUGCCACAAACAACAAUGGCCUUUCAUUAUGCAUCAGACC